AUGUCACGAAAUAGAGACAAAUUAGGGAGAUUUGUAAAACAACAACUUGAAAUUUUAGAAAACUCUCCUAAAUCGUCUUCUUCCACUCGUUCUCAUUCACCACCAUCACCCAUACUUCCUGCACUUCCAAUGAUGGCUCAACAACAGGAAAUCCAACCAAGAACGCUACAGGAUUAUCUACAUCCUACGCGUACGGCCACACCUUCAUGCAUAAUGUAUCCCAUGAAUAUGCCCAACUUCGAUUUCAAACCUGGCAUGAUUCAACUUUUACCAACCUUUCAUGGUAUGGAAAAUGAGAGUCCAUAUGUGCAUAUUCAGGCCUUCGAAGAGGUGGUGGCCACAUUCAACAACCAAGCUGACAUCAUUAACUUGGUGAGAUUGAAGUUCUUUCCUUUCUCACUCAAGGAUAAAGCCAAAAGCUGGUUGUAUUCCUUAAGGCCAAGGUCUAUUGGGACUUGGGACGAAAUGACAAAAGCAUUUUUCUCUAAAUUUUUCCCACCCCAUAAGACUAGCAGCCUUAAGAGGCAAAUCUCUACCUUCACCCAAAAGGACCAUGAAACGUUUCAUCAGGUCUGGGAGAGGUUUAAAGAUUUGAUGGGCCAGUGCCCACAUCAUGGAUACGAAAGUUGGCGUCUUGUCAGCUAUUUCUACGACAGUCUCACAGCCGACAAAAGACAAUUCGUACAAAUGAUGUGCAAUGGCGACUUCCUACAGAAAGAUCCCGAAGAAGCUUUGGAAUAUCUUGAAGAAAUUUCUGAAAAAUCAUACACAUGGAGUGUGUCAAGUCCUACAGACAAGCCACGAACAGCCGGAGUCUACCAAUUAAAGGAGGAGGACAGUGUGAAAGAUCAACUUGAAGCUUUGAAAAAACAAUUUGAGGCUUUCAAAACUCAAGAAGGUAAAGCACUCCAGAUGGCUGCAAAAGUGGAAAAGCAAGAACCAUGCUUCAUUUGUGGAGGGACUGAUCAUCAACCACAAGAGUGCCCUAGUCUUAGUAUGUUAAGGGGAGGAGAUGAGGAACAGUGUAAUGCCUUAGGGGAUUACAAGAAGCCUUAUAAUGCCUACUCCAACACAUACAAUCCUGGUUGGCGUAACCAUCCCAAUUUCAGUUGGAAGGAUACAAGUCAAAAUCAAGCAUCUGGGAGCCAAUGGAGGCCUGAUCAACAAAAGAAUUCUCUUGAGAGUUCCAUGAAAAUUCUCGCAGAAUCCCAACUAGAGUUCAGGACUUAUUUCACUCAGGUGAUAUAG